AUGGAGCUAAGGGAAUUACCUUUCAGACGCAUACACAUAUUGCUACUCCUUUCAGUGAGCCUUAUAUUUGGAGCUAGUGAAAUUAUUAAAUCUCUUGUGAAUACUGGCGAAAAUUUUUUAAGAAAUUCUUCCUAUAGUUGGAUUAUCAGAUUAUGUUUAAAUUUAUUGAGUUAUGCUACUGUGUUAUUGCCAGGUUACCUCAUAUACAAAUAUAUACGUCACACCAAAUACGUUCAAAGGGGAGGUAAAGGGUGUAUUCGCAAAUUGGUACAUCUGUGUUUUGUGGGUCACUGUGAAACAGGACUUUUGGAUUCUUCUUCUUACCAAUCUACACCAUCAAAUCAAAAUCAACGUACUUUCACACAAGAUGCCCUGUUACUGUUAUAUUGUUUCUUUGGAUUACAAAUCAGUUAUUUAACAUGGGGUUACUUGCAAGAGAAGAUAAUGACACAGGACUAUGAAGAUGGUACUGGUAACAAGGACCGCUUUCAGGAUUCACAAUUUCUAGUAUUUAUAAAUCGAAUUCUAGCAUUCUUGAUGUCAGGAUUGUAUUUAAUAAUUCAGAGGCAACCACAGCAUAAAGCACCUCUCUACAAAUAUGCAUUUUGCUCUUUAUCAAAUAUCAUGAGUAGUUGGUGUCAAUACGAAGCUUUAAAAUAUGUCAGCUUCCCGACGCAGGUAUUAGCAAAAGCUACAAAAAUAAUUCCAGUAAUGUUAAUGGGAAAAAUAGUUUCGCACAGCACAUAUGAGUAUUACGAAUAUGUUACUGCUAUACUCAUUUCUGUUGGAAUGACAUUAUUCAUGUUAGAUAGUUCUUAUUAUAAAAGUGAUGGAGCAACCACCGUGUCCGGUAUUAUUCUCUUAGGAGGUUAUUUAUUAUUAGAUAGUUUUACAAGUACCUGGCAAAGUGCAUUAUUUGUGGAGUAUGGUGCAACAAGUGUGCAAAUGAUGUGUGUUGUUAAUAUGUUUUCCUGUUUGUUAACUGCAAUGUCCUUGUUUCAACAAUCAAGUUUUCCUCUCAUAUGUUCAUUCAUGACAAAGUAUCCUAGAUUCAUUGUGGAUUGUUUACUUAUAUCAAUUUGUUCCGCUAGCGGUCAGUUAUAUAUCUUUUACACAAUUUCUAAAUUUGGACCAGUCACAUUUGUCAUUAUAAUGACUAUACGACAGGGUUUGGCUAUACUGUUGUCCUGCUUGAUGUAUCAUCACAGUGUGACAGUUAUCGGUAUCAUUGGUAUAUUAGUAGUUUUUGGUUCAGUAUUUUUGCGCAUAUAUUGUAAUAAUCGUCUUCGUGCAAUCAGAAGACGUAGAGCUGCGGCAAACAGUAUAAAAGAUUAA